AUGGCAGGCAAUUUACGUCCGAGAUCACCCCGGAUCACUCGAACAGUUUUAUCGCCGCAGUUUUUGUUCCUGGAAGUUGACAACGGUUGGUGGUGUGAUGAUUGGGCGAAGCCUGACGAUACCUCGAGGGGUAUUCUGAGGCAUCCGGGUGGAGUUUUUACCUUCGCACUGGUUUAUAAUUUCCCGCGAACUGGUGGUACCGUACAGUGCCAUGAUCGUAUUUUCAAGUAUACACCACCGGUUAUUCCGGAUGACGUUAUGCGCAUACGUGUGUACCUCGCUCUUCCCUAUGAUUUUUGGAAUCAGUAA